AUGAAGACCUUGACGUUGUCCAACAGGUUGUGCCAUAAUCCUGUGAGUUUGACAAAACAUGAGACAACACCAAGGUCACUGCGGCCACCAGCACCUGCUGUAUCGACAGAGAGACUACUGAGGGCUUUCAUGAGGCCCUCCAAACCAGCAGAACGUGAUGAUGUGCCACGAGGGAAUAUGAUAUUAUCAGGUUGGAUAUCAAGAUGAACAAUACCCUCAUCAUGAACGUGUGCCACAGCUUCUAAAAUCUCUUUAAUGAGCAUUGUUGCUGCUGCUUCCGUCCACGUGUGACCGAGGAGGACUUCUUCCAGCAAGUGAUUUCCGGAAAGUCUUUCUGUGACAAGGACGAGAUGA